CAUCGAUUCUGUUUUCGUCCCUUCAGAGCUUUCUCUUUCGCGGUCGUCGUCGGAACAUUGGAGCGAACUUCCGGCGAGUAAAGAGUAGAAAGCCAAUCAAUCAAUGAGUAGCACAGGCGGUAAUGCUUCGUCAAGUACAGCUCCCAAAAUCCUAUUAGCGAAGCCUGGACUUGUCACCGCCGGCAAGUUCAAUCGCGGCGGCGCCGAUGACGAUUCCGCCGCGCUCCGUCCUCGUAUUCCGUCAAUAGGUUCACUCAACCUUCUCUCUGACUCCUGGGAGCUCCACACCGAUCGUUUCCUCCCAUUUCUAACUGAUAAUACGGAUUUUACUGUGGUGGGAGUGAUUGGUCCGCCAGGGGUGGGGAAGUCAACUAUAAUGAACGAAAUUUAUGGCUUUGAUUCUAGCUCUCCUGGAAUGCUUCCUCCAUUCGCAAUACAAUCAGAGGAAAUAAGGGCAAUGGCGAAGCAUUGUACUGUUGGAAUCGAACCUCGAGUUUCAUCUGAACGGAUUAUACUUCUUGAUUCACAGCCUGUUUUUAGUCCUUCAGUUUUAGCUGAGAUGAUUAGACCAGAUGGCUCAUCCACAAUUUCCGUGAUAAUGGGUGAGUCCCUCUCUGCUGAGCUGGCUAAUGAAAUGAUGAGUAUCCAGCUUGGUGUUCUUCUUGUCUCCAUUUGUCACAUUAUCAUAGUGGUUUCUGAUGGUGUUCAUGAUCUGAGCAUGUGGCGCUUAAUGUCCACGGUGGACUUACUAAAACAUGGCAUACCUGACCCAUCAUCUCUAUCGCUCUCCCAUCCUCAAAGUUCUAGUUUUCUCUCUGAAAAGGAAAACAAAGAUAAAAAUGGAGAAGGGGGAGAAGAGUACAUGGCUACUCCAGUUUUUGUGCAUACAAAGUUACGCGAUGAGGAUCUUAGUCCACACAAUCUUGCACAACUAAGGAAGGGAUUGUCACAAUUUUUCAGUUCUUCUUCCUUUAUGAGGUCAAAAUGCCAUUAUACAUCAAAAGACACUAAUGCCUCUGUCCAUGCCAACUCCCAAAGUCACAAGGUGGACUCUGACUCCCAGUUACUGAAAUUAUUCUUACUGCCAUCCAAGCACAAAGACAAUUUGCCAAGGGCACAGUAUGAAAGCUAUGAAUCAGCAUUCUGGAAACUUCGGGAUCAGGUUUUAUCGAUGAGUGGCCCAUCAUUCUCAAGGACCGUCUCUGAACGCGACUGGCUGAAAAAUUCUGCCAAGAUAUGGGAUCUUGUUAGAAACUCUUCCAUCAUUGCAGACUAUUGUAAAACCCUUCAAAUUUCGGGCAUGUUUAGGAGGUAGUAAUUAGUCAUCUCUUGUUUUUAAAGAUAAGCAGAGAUUUCAACUGAAACCAAACUUAUUAAUGUUAAAACCAUUACCGUUCUGUUGAUCA